AUGAGGGAAGACGCCUGCCGCCCGAACAUUCCCCAGCAACGCCCGCUGGUCCCGACGGCCAAAUACCGGCCGAUUCCUGCCAUGACUUCGAUCCCGAGCUGCCCCGGCGGCGGAAGCAGGCCACACGGUAGUGUGGGCCAAAGCGUCGAAGAAGAGUCUGCAGCAGCGAAACGCGAAUUCGUGGAAUCUCUGGAGAAUCUUCCCCAACAGCAUGAGUACAAAACGUUGCUCAACCAGAAGCAAAUCAUUCAGGAUCUCAGCCAAUUCUCGAAAAUAUCCCAUUGGAUCGGUGACUUGCAGCAGAAUGUUCAGGCCAUCGAGGAAGAACUUGUAGGCCAAGGAUCAAUCAAAGCCAGCCAAAAGCUAGGCGAUAAUGCAACUCUGUGCCACAAGAUAUUCAACGCUGUCAAGGGACUACAGGCAGAUUUGGAGAACCUGAGGCAACAGAAAGAUGAGGAGAGUAUUGAGCCGAGAGAAAGCGAUGAUCUCGUUAGCCUGGUGCGCAGCACUCAGUUUGAGAGUGUGAAAACUGCCUACUUCGAGGCGUACUGGCGGUUUCAUUCGUUGGUGCAUAAUUACGAGGAAACGGUCAGGAAGCGGAGACCUGUAGAAUCAUCACAUCAAUCUCUUACCACGCCGUCACAGUGCGACAUCGCACAACCGAAAAAUACUCCAGAUUACGACGACGUAGAUGCCAGCCAACAUCCCUCUCGACGCCACUCCCUAGACGAACAGAUUCAUCUCCCAAAAUCCACUACAAUCUUCGUCGAAGAGGAGGGGCAGGAAACCGUAACGGAAACCCUCCAGGCCGUCGAGGAACGCCACGAGGAGCUGCAGGCGCUGGAGCGAACGCUCGUCGAUAUGCGGGAUCUGUUUGUGCUGUUCUCGACCCUGGUGAUGGAGCACGGCAGUAUGCUGAAUCUGGCGGAAACUAAAGUGCAGGAUGCGGCCCAGCAUGUGGCCACCGCAGCAGCGGACAUCAAAGAGGCUCACUACUACUACCGGAAGGUGGGCGGCCGGAAGUGGCUUUGCUUUGAUGUGACUUGCGGCUUGUUGGUGCUGUUGGCUUUUUUGGUGGCGAUUGCCAUUUAUUUGGCGAUGAAAAAGUUCUUGUUUUGAACGAAAUAUGAGGUUUUGUUAAAGGUUGCAUUUGGCAAGAAAAGAAAUCCAUAGCUUUGGAGGAAUGGACCCCCUGUUUUUCUAAGUAAUCGGAAGUACAGAUAUAUCUGUAUAGCUCAUUCACCUCAGAAACUCAUUAUAUUUGGUUGGACCGAUCCGAUUACCGUGGGUGCCGAAAAAUCCGGAUAUUUGGACCCAUGUUUUUAUACAAUACAAUGUACCGGAUUUUCGGUAGGUUAGUAGCAACAUCGGUACCAAACAUCCUAAAAUUGCUUCAGCAAAUAGUAUCUGACCAGCCUGGAAUCAUAAAACACGCUGAAUUUGAAGCUGUGACUUCAGAACACGCUUCCCGUGGGGCCAUGGUUGACCAUAAACACUUUAAGGUAUCCAAUGUUGGAGGGUGCAAUGCUCACCUCUACAAUAAAUACAGCCAUUGUGCCUUUUGCACAACCCUAUCACUAACAUCCGCGUGCGCACCCCUACAGCCUUGCUUCGUGCGCACAUCAGCAUUCGUCCGUCGUCCGCUACCGCGUCAAGACUGUACUUUUGCAUUCUCUUUACGUUCAUUAAAAUCAAGUUGUUUUAGCAAGUAACUUCGUGUGUGAUUUCUCCACAAACUAUCUGAAAUUCCUUUUGGGUAUUCCACUGCCGCAUUCUGGAAUCUGCCAACA